CUAUCUGUCUUUCUCUCUCUAAACUCAGGAACAGAAACAAAUGGUAGUUUGAGGGAGCUACUUCAGCUAGCGUAUGCGACUUAGCCUAAACAUGGUUCGUGAGCUCAACAACAAGCUUAAGGAUCUUGGAUCGAAGCUCGAUAGCCUUCCUCCUACCAAAGAUGCUCUUAUCAAACUAUUGGAGCAAGCUGCAAAGUGCCUCUUGGAGAUAGGUCAGUCACCGUCAAAGUCCACAUUGAAGUCUAUGCAGCCAUUUUCAAAUGCCAUUGUUAAAGAAGAACUGCUGAAGCAUCAAGAUAAGGAAGUUAAGCUUCUUGUUGCUACUUGUCUCUGUGAGAUAACUCGGAUAACAGCUCCUGAAACACCUUACAGUGACGAUGUUUUGAGGGAUAUUUUUCGUUUGAUAGUCAGUACUUUCAGUGGCCUGAAAGAUUCAAGUGAUCCAUUCUUUGAGAAGAGAGUUGUAAUCUUGGACAUGCUUGCAACAUAUAAGUCUUGUAUCGUGUUGUUGGAUCUUGAUUUUGAUGAACUUGUCAAUGAAAUCUUUAAUUCAUUUUUGGACGUGGCCAGUGAUGAUCAUUCAGACACUGUUCUUUCAUCAAUGCAAACAAUCCUGGCUGUUCUCUUAGAAGAAAGUGGAGAAAUCAGGAAAGAUCUCAUAUUCAUUCUACUAUCAGCUUUGGGACGCGAUAGAAUUGAUGUUACAAAGGCUGCAAGAAGGCUAGCUAUGAAUGUCAUUGAACAAUGUUCUGGGAAACUUGAACCUUAUAUUAAGCAAUUCCUUAUAUCGUCCAUAUCGGGGGAUAACAAGUCAUCGGAUUGUCAAAUUGACUACCAUGAAAUAAUCUAUGAUAUCUAUCAUUGUGCUCCUCAGAUUUUAUCGGGAGUUGUUCCAUAUCUAACAGGAGAGCUAUUGACAGAUCAGUUAGCUACUCGUCUCAAAGCAGUGAGAUUAGUUGGUGAUCUUUUUGCUCUGCCAGGAUUAAAAUCAGAAGCUGAUCAAAUAAUAUCUGUCUUCUGUGACCGGCUCUUGGAUUCUGAUGAAAAUGUCCGCAAGGAAGUUAUUGCUGUCGUUUGUGAUGUUGCAAGUCAUUCAUUGUUCUCUGUUCAAGUGGAAACUGUAAAGCUUGUAGCUGAACGCCUUCAAGACAAAUCGCUGCUUGUUAAGACAUAUACAAUGGAGAGGCUGGCUGACAUCUACAGGAUCUAUAAUACCUUGAGUCAAUCAGAAAAUCCACCUAAAACAGAUGAUUUGGAUUGGAUUCCUGGGAAAAUAUUCCGAUGCUUCUACGAUAAAGACUUCAGAUCUGAUGUGAUCGAAUCCAUUCUUUUCCAUUCUCUUUUCCCAACUGAAUUCACGGCCAAAGAGAGGGUAAAAACUUGGGUGAGGAUUUUCAGGACAUUUGAUAAUGUUGAAGAGAAGGCUCUUGAAAAGAUACUGGAGCAGAAACAGAGAUUACAACAAGAGAUGCAUAGAUAUCUUUCUCUGAGGCAAGCAAACCAGGAAAACGAUCCUGAGUUGCAAAAGAAGAAAAUAUCCUGCUUCCGGGUUAUGUCUCGCUUUUUCAUUGAUCCUGCUGAAGCAGAGGAGAACUUUCAAAUUCUUGACGAGUUAACAGAUGUUAAAAUUUGGAAGAUUUUGAUGACUUCUCUUGAUUCAAACAGUAGUGCUGCUCAGUCACGUAAUUAUCAUGAUGAUUUGCUUAACACCCUUGGGGAAAAACAUCGUCUCCACGGAUUCCUGGGCUUUUUGUCUGUGAAAUGUUCAUACACAUUUUUUGACAAGGAGUAUGUAAAAGAAAUCCUUCUGGAAAUUAGUUUACAAAAGACAGCUGGGAAUGCACCACUAAUCGCGUCUUGCAUGAAUAUUCUUGUGCUUCUUGCUCGAUUUGCCCCUCAACUGCUUAAUGGAAUUGAAGAUAAACUAUUACAGCUUCUUGAGGAUGAUAAUGAAAUAAUUAAAGAAGGUGUCUUGCAUAUUCUAGCAAAGGCUGGUGGAACCAUUAGAGAACAAUUGGGAGUGUCAUCGAGUUCAUUAGACCUUAUACUAGAAAGGAUUUGUUUAGAAGGUAGUCGUUGUCAAGCCAAGUAUGCUGUGCAUGCACUUGCCGCAGUAACAAAGGAUGAUGGGCUAAUGUCUCUCUCUAUUUUGUAUAAGAAGCUUGUAGAUAUGCUUGAAGAAGAAAAGACUAAUUUACCUGCUGUACUUCAGUCAUUGGGUUGCAUAGCACAGGCUGCCAUGUCAGUCUUUGAAACAAGAGAGAAUGAAAUUGAUGUUUUUAUAAAGAAAGACAUCCUUCAGUCUAGUGGUAUAGAGGGAGAUAAACUAAAAGAUCACUGGGAUGACAGAAGUGAAGUUUGUUCUCUGAAGAUUUUUGGCUUGAAAGCACUGGUUAAGAGCUACAUGCCUGUCAAAGAUGCUCACCUUCGUCAUGGGAUUGAUGGGUUAUUUGAAAUACUUAGAAACAUGCUCCUUUAUGGAGAUAUGUCGUCAGACAUUAUAUCAAGUCCUGUUGAUAAGGCUCAUUUGAGACUUGCUGCGGCCAAGGCAAUUCUCAGGUUAUCAAGACAUUGGGAUCAUAAAGUUCCAAUAGACUUGUUUUACUUAACCUUGAGAACAGUGGAGGAGAUCAGUUAUCUCCAAGGAAAGAGGCAACUCCUAAACAAAGUCCACCAGUAUAUCAAAGAAAAGCUCUUGGACCCGAAAUAUGCUUGUGUUUUUUUAUAUGACAUGACUGGAAGCCAGGGGUCAGAUUUUGAAGAGGAUAAACGUGAACUGAAUGAUAUUAUUCAAAUGUGUCAACAAGGAAAAACACAACAACAUUCUUUGCAGUCUGAUCCCAAUUCUCAAGUCAUUUUCCCAGCAUCCAUACUUCCUUACCUCAUCCAUGCUUUGGCUCACCAUAUUUCAUGUCCAAGGGUGGAUGAGUGCAGGGACGUCAAAGAAUUGGAACAGAUAUAUAGGCAAUUGCAUUUAUUUCUUUCUAUGAUCUUGCAAUGCAAUGAAGACGACAAGUCAGAAGCAAUCAUUAUCAAGAAAAAAGAGACCACAUCAGCCGUAGUUUCUGUAUUUCAAUGCAUCAAGAACUCAGAAGAUGCUGUUGUCCCUGAGUUGUCUAAGAAUUCCCAUGCACUUUGUGAACUUGGCCUAUGUGUCAUCAAGCGGAUAUCUCAAAUUGAAGAUGGUGUUAGUGGAUCAAGUGCAUUGGUGCCCCUCCCUCAAAUGCUGUACAGACCUCUUGAGACAAAAGGAGAUCCUCUGGCCAAUGAAGAUUUGAGUUGGAUCUCUGAGGAGAAUGCCUUGAUGUACUUUGAGUCAAUUAAACUGGCAGUUAAUGGGAUGGUUCAAUCAGAAAUGGUGGUUGGUGAAGAUGAAGUAAUGAAAGACAGUGAGGCAGAAGGAUACGAAGUGCCAUUAGGGAAAAUGUUAAAACGUCUUAAAUCUAAGGGUAAUAAGGCAAGAAAAAAAAAGAAGGAUGCGUCUCCAUCAACAGAAGUAACAAAUGAAGAUGAUGUUGAUGUUCUGAAAAUGGUGAGGGAAAUAAACUUGGAUAACUUGGGGAAUUCAAGUAAAUAUGAAUCAACCAAUGGUCAUGAUUAUGAUCCGGCCAAAUUGAAAAGAGCUCAAAAGUUGCGAAAAGGUGAAAAAAGAGUUGUUAGUGAAACAAAUGAUACUCCAACAGCCAAACACCGGAGAUCAUCUGGUCAGGGUUCUAAUAUGGAAUUGGACAAGUCUCCUUUAGAAGAAGACAAGGUGGGACCCACAAAGUUAAAUUUUGUUGCAUUUUCCAAUGGGAAGAAGGGUUCAGACACCUUGAUGAGAUUUAAAGGCAAAGGUUCAAACAAGCAACAUAACCUCAAGAUGAAUGUUGAAGAUGUAGAGGAGUCUAUGGAUAUUGUCAGUGACGACAUUAAGAAAGCAAUAGAUGAUGCUAAAUCCGCAAAACCAUCUUCUGAGAACCGAAAAAGGAAUAGCAAGACAGGACUUUCUAAGUGCACUUCCAAAGAUGGUGGAAUCGAGACAAUGGACUUGAUUGAUUGCAGGAUAAAAGUUUGGUGGCCGAUGGAUAAGAAGUUUUAUCAUGGGGUGAUCAAGUCUUAUGAUGAUGAAAAGAAGAAGCAUGUGGUUCUAUAUGAUGAUGGAGAUGUGGAAGUACUCCAACUUGAUAAGGAGUGUUGGGAGCUUGUUGAAAAUGUUGAUGAACUGACAAAGCAGUCAAAAUUAAUAAAGACCACCUCUCCAAAAACAUCGACAUUGUCUGAUCAUCAAAAGAAGAAGAAGAAGCCAGUGACUAGUUUAAAGCAAAAUAGAAGUCCAGUCCAUCAUAUAUUAACUGUGCUCACCAAAGUAAGAGGGAAAAGGUCCCCAAGCGAAAGUCCAGACUUCACCAGAUACAUUCUUAAACCCGCUGCUGGUGGAGGACACGACCUCGUCCCUAAACUGAAGGUGGUACAUGUUUCCGAAAGUGACAAUGAAGAGUUGGAGACUUCAAAGUCAGAAAGUAGUCAUCAUUCUCAGGAACUAAAUGGAAAGAGGUCUCCUAUAGACGAGGAGAAAAAAGAAUCUGAAGAGGACGCAAACGAGGACAAAAGGCCCGGUUUCAUUACACAGAUUAAGACUGAUGAAAAUUCAGAGCUCCCAGACAAUGAGCCUCUUGGUGCAUGGAGGCGCCGCACAGGAAAAACUGCUGGAGGAAGAUGAAGGAAUGAAAAGAAGUGAAGAAACAAAUAAGGAAGGUCUGUGAUUAAUUUAUUUAAUUGAUUGCUGCAAACUUUAGGGCAAGUGAGGUUUAGUUGAUAACUUAUAAGAAGGUGCAUAAGCUUUAGGGUUAGGACUAUACAUUUAUUGGGAAAACCUCACUUGUGUAGUAGUUCUAUAAGUUAACCCUAGUUUCUUGAGAACAUUUUAUAAAUACAAAAGGCGAAAAGAUGUCCAAGUGUAAGUCAAAUAAGUAUUCUAUCAAAGUUUCAGGACCUUUUUUUUUUCUUUUCUGUAUAGUUGUUAUAAAUUAUUCAAAUGGGUUAGUACCUGGCUUAGGUUUAUCUUUGUAUUGACUGUCAUGUGUGUUACAUUAUUUGGAUUUAAAUCCCUAACUUUAUAAGGAUAAUUGUUAUUGACU